UCCAGAGUGCAACCCGCAGAGGAGGAAGUAACACCGGGAGACUGGGGGGGGAAAAAACAAACACAACAAGGAACUCGAGUUUAAUUUCUUUUUGAAAAAUAUUCCACGAUUUUUGUUCGUCUAAAAAAACUGAAAAAAAAAAAAAAAAACUUUUUCUAUAUCUUUCCACCCCCGAAUCACCGCAACGAUGUCCGUCCAGAGCAAGAAGACCACCACCACCACUUCCACCUACCGCACCGUCAACGUGGCUUCACCGGAGCCGGUGAGCGGCGGCACCGUCCUGACCGCGACGCCCCGCCCGGCCUCCCCGCUCCAGUACGCCGUCAACGGCAACUACAGCACGCUGCGCUACCUGGUGCCGGUGCAGCCGACCAUGCAGCAGCAGUCGUACGUGCUCGUCCAGCAGCCGGCCGUCGUGCCGCAGAUGAUGUCGCCCGUCUACCUGCAAGGCGUCCCCAGCAUGAGUGUCAGCAGCCUGGACUCGGAGGUCCUGUUCCAGCAGAACACUAGUGUGAGGAGGAACUCGUCCUCAGGGUUCAGCCUGUCCUCCGGUGCCACCAAGAGCCCAGAGCCCAGUGUGGAGGAGGAAGAGGAUGAGGAGGAUGAGGAGGAGGAUGAUGAGGAGGAGGAGCAGGACGACGAGGAGGCGGUGGAGGUGGAGGAGGUGGAGGUCGUCAACGUGAUACAGCAGAAGCCGCCGCCGGCUAUCGAGAAGAUUUCUCGGACGGAGGUGAAGACCGACCUGAGCGAGGCCACAAAGAUGGACACGCGCUACUUUGCUGCGCUUCUGGCCGACGUCUACAGGAAGAACUGCGAUAUCCACUCCUGCAUAUCCGAGCACGUCUCCAAGAUCAGAGGACACAAAGUGGAUCUUGGCAUUGAGGAAGGGGAAGAUGUGGAGGCUCUACUCCCUAAAGGAGCCACUGAACUCACCAAACAGCAAAUCCGCUACCUUUUGCAGACGCGCCUGACUGCAGAUAAGAGCAUGCGUCUGUUGCUGUCUACCUUCAGCAGUCUCCGAGAGGAACUCCUCCACAUGUCCGAAGACCUCCGACGUCUGGAGAGUGAGAAGGAGUCUCUGGAGCGAGAUCUUGCCUUCAAAGUGGAUCAGGCUCACCAGUACGACAGCCUCUUGGAAGCCGUCCGCGAAAACAACCGACAGCUUCAGGUGUCUCUAAAGGAAAGCACUGCUUCCCAGCGUUCCCUGGAGAGCCAGCUGAUGAGUGCCCGCAACACCGACUCGAGCCGCGACUUCCAAAUCCGAGAUCUGGAGGGACGCAUCAGGGCCCUGGAGAAGGAGAACGAGAUGCUCCGACAGAAGCAUAUAAACCAAUCAAGUAGCACCACGCUGCACAUCAAGACCGAGGAGCUGUCGCGUCAGUUCAACGAGCAGCUCUUGACCAUGAAAAAGGACAAGGACCAAGAGAUCCAGCGGCUGCGGACUCAGAUUACGAGACUCCAGACAGAGAUCACCACGGAGAGGUCGUCGUCCGCCUCUGAGAAGACCCUCCAGUUGAAGAUCUCGGAGUUGCUCGCCAUGCUGGAGCAGAGGCAGACCACCAUCACCCGACAGGAAGAGGAGAUCCGAAGGUUGAUGAUGGACAGAAAUGACAGCUCCAAGACCACCAAGACAAUCAUCACCAAAAGGUACAGGAACCAGUAUCCAAUCCUCGGCCUGCUGAGCGACGACUACCAGGUGACCUCGAGCUCACCUAUCAGCGAAGACAAGACCAUCGUCAUUGAAAGAUCUGGAGAGAUUAUUAGACGGGAAUGAGUGAACCAUAAGAUCAACGUGGGGAUCACCCGUCCUACCCACUCCCGUUGUUUCCGUAGCGUGGCUUAAAUGUGGGAACGCAUCUGACGUUCUAAUUUCAUAUUACUAAUACAACAAGUCUGAAAAUAUUAUUUUGAACCGACCAAUAAAUGAUCAAACACUGCCUAGCUUUUGCCCCACAAAUCCAGGUGGAAAUGUCACUGUAAAUAUUUAAGUAUAUAUAUUUGUGAGGCGGUUUAGAAAAACGCAGGAGCUCUGCUUUGCUUUUUUUUGUCCGACGCUGGCGCGUAAUCGUGGAUGGAAUCGCUUGUGGUUAUGGCGUUUUAAGAUGUUUUUAAAGCACAACAUGAUGUCAGUUUUUGUUUCUGUGUGUUCGUAGUGUAGUGAAUGCUGUUUGGCCACCGGGUGCUAAUCCACAGCCUGAUUAGCAAGGGGACGUUAACUAAAUAGCACUAAAAUCCGCCUUACGAAAGAUCUUCAUUUGAUCGCUCAGUCUGGCGUUUCACAACUACUCCAUGCUAGCCCGCUAAUGCUAAGCUAGGCCACGUUUUCACCAGCAGACAGUUUGCCUCACUAUGGUUUGGAACAGUAAACCCAAAAACGAUAGUUUAACUACUGUGUCAUAAAUGUGUCUGGCUCCGUCAUGUUGGUACCACUGUGAUUGAGAACACCAACAGGACAGAACCAAAAAGCAGUAGCAUACAAGUUUGGUAUCCUUACCAACUUUGAACAACGAAAGGGAUGCUAAUGUUAGCUAUUUCCCAGACAUUCUUUACGAUUUUCCAUCUAAUGCAUGCCGUAAACAACAAAUGGUGAAUUACUUAGAAAUCACUAAUUUGUUCAAUGUCUGGAAUGUCAGCAAUUUCACAAAAUCAUGAGUGCAUUGCCAUCUUAGUGAUGGAGAAUAAAAACAAAAAAUUACUUAGCGUAGCGCAACAUAGUGCUUGGGGGAAAUUGUGCUAACAUGCUAACAGUAGGCUAAUCUAAAUUAACUGGUUCUAGCUAUAGUAAGCCAUCUUACUUAUAGAAAAAUGAAAACUACUCACCGUAGAGUACCGUAGUCCUCAGUGAAAAUGGCGUUACCGGCUAACAGUAGGCUAAGCUAAAUUAUGUGGUUGUAGUUCCAGUAAAUCUGAAUUUGAAGAUUUGCGUUCAUUUUCAUGUUUGUAACUUGUUUUGGAUGGCUAUGUUGGCACUGCUGUGUUUGGGAAUAAAAAGAAAACUUCACUUUA